UUUCUGGGCAGUUUCUACCUUAUUCUCUUCCAGGCUAUAGUGUGGAUGAAGAGCAGAUCUGAGGACAUGGUUGAGAAGAGAACGUUCCUCAUGACUGAGCGGCUGCCACCCAUCCAGUCAAUGGUCCACACGGGUUCGUUUCAUAUCCUCGUGGUCUACUGUGGUGACAUGCUCCUGCGCCUCUUUGGGGACCACUUCCGGGCAUUCAAACCCCUGGGCACAGUGCCCUGCCGCUUCAACGUCACCUGCCUCUGCUAUGACCCAGAAAUGAAGAUGCUUCUGUCUGGCAUCAGGGGGUCAGUGGUCACCUGGGUCAUUGAUCAAAGUGGCAAAGGCCUCCAAAUAGCUCACAUGUUUUCCAUGCCUGGAAAUGAGCUUGUCCAGCACAUCAUGCUGAAUGGCCCCAACGGCUCCCUCCUAGCCCUUUGUGAGACUGUGGUGAGAGCCCUUGAGCGUCAGGGCCAGGGCAGGCUGGGAGAGGUGAAGAAGUUCACGUCCACCUGCAGUGGCUCCUCUAUCACCUGCUGCUUCACCAGUUUGGAUCAGGGUUUUCUCUAUGCUGGAAACAAGGCCGGGGAGAUCCAGGUGUGGAACCUCAGUCACAACAAGGCCCUCCACAGUUUCAAGGCCCACUCCGCAUUAGUGGUAUGUAUCCGCAGCCGGUCAGAGGCCAACACCCUGCUAACAGCUGGCAAGGAAGGCUUAAUGAAGGAGUGGAACCUUACCUCAGGGAACCUGCUUCGGCGACUAGAACUUGGUGAGGAGCUGUACCGCCUCCAGUUUAUCGAUGACACUAUCUUCUUCUGCCAAACUACUUAUACGUUUUCCUUGCACUCUCUGCCCUGCUUCUAUAACCUCUUCCAUGUCUGUGGAUCUGCUCCCCAGCAAGUGCAUCGGGUCUGCCGUGGUGAAAACUGGUACAGAAUCCUGUGCAUCACAGAAGAUGGCCUGUUGCGCUUUGUGUCCCCAAUAACAGGGGCGCUUCUGCUCCUCACCUGGCCCUUCUCAAUCCUGGACCAGGCUGUGGAUUGGGCCUAUCAUCCAGGCAAAGAGGAGCUCUUUGUGGCAACAGGCAGCACAGAUGUGCUGGUGUUAGACACAACCCGUUGUCCUUGCCCGGCCAAGUAUCUUUUAUGCACCUCACCAAAUUCUCAGGACUUUGUAUACUGCCUGGCUUAUGGGCAUUUCCACCUGGGGCGAGGGAUAGAAGGGCUGAUAUUCUCUGGGCACCAGAGUGGUAUAAUAAGAGUGCUUUCUCAGCAUAGCUGUGCCCGAAUAGAGAAAUUCGUACACUUU